AUUUCAGCAGAUUGCAGACGAUUGGACUGGAAUUAGCAGGGAUUUUGUGUCAGUGAACUGAAAUACAACAAAGUUUCGAGAGGCAUCUGGUGAACAAUCAGAAACACUUGAACUCGCGGAGGCAUCUGCAGACGCCCACACAUUUUCUGUUUAGUUUCACGGAAAGCGAAUUUGUUUUUCAAAUAACUGGUAACGCAUUUAUUUUUAACUGUUCCGCUGUUUUUAGGUGGCUUUACAAAUUUCAUGAGAUAUUUUUGAGCUUGUAUUUGAUUGGUUUACCACUAGAGUUUAGACUUUGUCAGUUGUCAAGUAUAUACUAAGGAGAAUGUCUAGCAAGUCUGAAUCCCUCCGGCCAAGACUCUGCUCUCUGGAAAAAGGAGCAAACGGCUACGGCUUUCAUCUCCACGGCGAGAAAGGAAAGAUAGGCCAGUUUAUUCGGCUGGUCGAGCCAGACUCUGCGGCAGAGAAAUCGGGUCUGCUCGCUGGGGACCGGCUGGUGUUCGUCAAUGGAGUGAACGUAGAGAACGAGAGCCACCAGCAAGUGGUGUCCCGGAUAAAAGAGCAGACCACCGUGCUCAAACUCGUGGUGGUCGACCCGGAGACCGACGAGCUCCUCAAAAAACUUAAGAUUGUGUGCCUGGAAGAGUACGUGACCAGCGGCAUCCCCAACCCCAGCGAGCCCGAGAGAGAGACCGGGGAGAGCCGGCGCCAGGAAGAGGUGAUGUCGGAGGAAUCUGCUGCGGUGAAGGAGAGAAACGGAGGGACUGUGACUGGAGAGAAACUGAGUGUCGGCUCUGACAAGGAGUUCAAGAGUGAGCACCGCCCCCGCCUGUGUAACAUCAAGAAGGGCUCCACUGGGUACGGCUUCAACCUCCACAGCGAGAAGGCUAAGCCAGGGCAGUACAUCCGAGCGGUGGAUCCUGACUCCCCGGCAGAGAGGGCCAACCUGCGAGCCCAGGACAGGAUUGUGGAGGUGAAUGGCAUGUCUGUGGAGGGGAAGCAGCACUCCGAGGUGGUGGCAGCAAUCAAGGCUGGCGGACAGGAGACCAGGCUGCUGGUAGUGGACCCGGAGACUGAGGAUUUCUUUAAGAGGUGCAGGGUGACUCCCACUGAGGCACACCUCACAGGUCCUUUACCAGAACCUGUUGUCAAUGGAGAUGUGGAAGAGAAGGCCAAUGGGAAGGUGGCUGAGGAAGCAAACUCCAAAGUCUCUGUAAGCCCCUCUCCUUCAAAUGCCUCCUCGAACACCUCUGCUGGCAUGCCUACCAACGAGGUGAAGCCAGCGGAGAGUGAGCUCGCAGGCCCUGCCCCUGGCCUGCCCAUGCAAGAAUCCAAGGAGAGUGAGCUCACUGGCCCUGCCCCCGGCCUGCCUCUGGGUCUGUCCCUGCAGGAAGCCAAGGAACGUGCUCAUCAGAAGCGCUCCAGCAAGCGGGCACCGGCGAUGGACUGGAGCAAGAAGAAUGAGCUUUUCAGCAACUUGUAAACAGCCAGCCGCUUCCCACUGUACAGUCUGGCUGUCUGUUUCUUUCUUUUUGUUUUUUUAUUUUAAGCAAAUAUGUAUUCUUUGACUUCUACUCCAAGGUUUAAAAAACACCCUGAUUUUUACUUUAUUUUUUUAUCUAGUGGAGUAAAACAAAGUCUUAGGAUUAUUAAAAAAAAGUAAAUAAAAAAAUGAAUUACAGUAUUUCUACAAUGCAAAGUAGUAUAUGAAAUUGUUGGAAGAUAAUAUAACACACAAACAAUUCAAUAUCUUUUUUUUUUGGAAGGUAGGUUUUAAACUUCAUCCCCUAUUGGACCACAAUAAUAAUGCACAGCACCUGCUCAGCCAGUAACGUGGUCCAGACUGAGUGCCCCUCUAGUUGAUUUUCUUGGGAGAGGCUGUUAGUCCUUCAGUUUCAUAACCCUAUCUUUAACUGUUUUAUAGUACUCAAGUCUUUUGUUAUUUAGACUCUCUAAGAUUUUUGAUGUCCACCAGUGCUAUAAAAGUUAUCGUUUUACUGCACUGUUCUUUCCACUAGCACCCGCUCCCUGGGUGUAUCGCAGCGGCCUGCGUCAUUCAUAAACAGCAGGCUACUCUUCCUGAAGGGAGAAGGGCCGGAGGCUGGUUUCAUAUCACUCCACCCCUGCCCCCACUCCCCGCCUUCCUAAAAUGAGAUGUGGUAGUUCAGAUGGGCUAUCCUGUGAAAUUAAUUUAUGUCAAUACCACUAGAAGGUUUUUGUGGUGAACAAAACCUCCCAAUAUUUAAGCUCCAUGUCUUAACUUGAUUUUUGCCGCCUUCAAUGGGAUUAGAAUGGCUCUUAUCUGACAAUCAAAUCAUUGCAAUGCUGUUUUUAAUUGACCAAAACAGAGUCUGUGACACCAGGUAUCACAUUUGCAAGCUGUUGGAUUUUUCUAAGUAAUUUUGUAGUGCUGUACAUUGAAAAAACAAAUUUCUAUUUUAAAAGAUGUAUCUAUAUUCUUGCUUAUCUUGGCUUUUGUGUUAGUGAUGGAAGUUCAGUGAUGUCUGUAAUAAUAAUAAUAGAGCUCUACAAUAUUUUGUCUGAUGAUUUUUGUCUGAUUGAGAAUCCUGCCACCUGCAGGAGGAAAACAGUAUUGCAGUUUACAGGUUCUGACAUUUUUAAACCUGACACCACUCAAAAUGGAGGAUUAAGGGCCACACCUUUUUUAGGGUCAAAUCUUUCUUUUGAAUUAAUGAUGGGGGCUGUUCUCCUGUUAUAUGCAGUUUCAAAGAAAACAUAUUUCUGUUUAUUGAAUUCUUGCAUGGAAGCAAAACACACCAAAGCAGUACCACCCCUGCUGAUCUACUCUGGAGAAGCACCUUGAUGAAUUCAAUAGAAAGGCCUGUGCUGACCUCUUGAAGGUCCAUUUGUGAGCCAGGAAGUGAGUAAAUCUUCCAGCAGCGGGGGUCUGUGCUGCAGUGCGGUUUAUCACAGUGAUAGUCGAUUACGUUGGGAACUGUUUAUACGAAACCCAGCUAUAAAUGGGUGCCUGGUUUAACUGGCAUUGCUUUCAAGGUUACAGCCUCCACUCUGGGGACAGGUCUUCCCAUUUCAUAAGCUUUGACCUUUAAAGGGUUGUUUAAAAAUAAUAAACAGCGUGUCAUGUGCUAAGAGGUUAACCGAAGGAGAUGCCUGCUGCUGUUGUGUAGGUCUGUGUUCAUGGGCAGACCAUGAAGGUCCCUGUGCACAGUUUUGCUGUUUCCCUGGUCUGGUGGUUCUGCUGUAAUGAGAAACUGGAUGUGAUUCUGUGAAUUUCUGUUUAAAGAAUUUAAAAUAAACUAUUUUCCUCA